AGUGUCUGUGUCGGUGUCAUGCCAUCCCCCUCGCGCUACUACGCGCCAGCCUCGCGAUAGCCUCGCCUACAAGAAUCAGAGCUCCGCUCGCGAACUGGAUGCUGACAGGCGCGCGGUGCGGUCAUCAUGCAAAGGUUACAUUGGAUCCGUUUCAGCGAGUAUCUGAAGAAGCCGCUCCUCCGCAGGACCUGCACGGCUCACAAAAUGAAAGGCGUUUAGCAACACAAACGGCUCCAACUGACGCUUAACGGCCUGUUAGACGACAGCAGGUGUCCAGCGAUGGACGCAAGUUUGGGAUUUCCGCGAACAGCAGAGUGUGCGCUGGCUCCUCUCGGCGGUAAAGUGGCUUCAUGAGUGUCCAAAGUAACAGUGGAAGUGGUGGUGGAAGUUUGGAGGCGACGCCAUCUUGGUCGCAGCUCUCCUCGUCCCCAACGAUUUCUCAACAACAUAUAACGGCGACCGCAAAGAGCAAGGAAGGUAUAUGAGUCCACCGAGAGCACCGCUGGGUCUUCUUCUCCUUAUUGUGAGCUCUUUACAGUAGAAGUGGGCUGUUUUAACCGUGUUGAGCUGACGUUUGUUGAAGUAAAAAUGGAUGUCAAGUUCAGGGAUGCCGUGAAUGUGAAGCCAAACGUCAGCUGUCAGUUCAGUUGAUGGCCAGUCUGAGCAGCAGCAGCCUGUCCUGUUUGCACAAAGGCAGCGUUAGCUUGUUGUUUUCUGUUUGUAGGACUGUCAGCUUUUUACGUGGUCCUUGGCAACUCGUAGCUGUUGAUGCGACAACAGUGUUGUUUGUGGUAGUUUGUGAAAUUCGCCCCCCUCCCUUAUCAGUAUCUAGUUGUAUAUUAAACAACGUAGCUAUGCAUGCAUCCAUUAAUGCCUUGCGGUGCAUGCCCCUGCUGCUGUAAACUUGGUAGCAGGCCCUCUCUGCACAGUUUGCAUGCACCAGUUUGUUCAUUGUUGUCGACAUGUUGAGACUUAAUUUACUCCGAUUCUGCUGAGUAGCUGGAUGUGAUGUGACAUAACAGUGAUUAUCAGUGGGCGCAAAUAAUUAUAAUCGUCCGGCCAUGUUUGUUAUGUAGGGAAUAAGAUGUGUUUUAAAGUACUUAAACGGCGAUGGUGUAAACAUAGCAGUAAAAUCAACGACAUCAAGUACACAACAGCACUGGGGAUGCCCUCGAAAAACUAUUGCUCAAUCCAAGGUUUACAAUAGCAAGUCAGAUGAUUUAAAAUAAUUUCAUGAUUUGUUACAUCUUGCUUUUAGAUUAAUUGCUCUAAAUCACUUUCCUCCGUCCUUAAAUAACCUCUCUCAGACAUUGUGGUGAGCUCUGUUUCACAGCCUGUGAGUUUCAUAAUGUCCAUUAUGCCUUUUAGGGCUCGCCCCUGUGCCAGAGCUAUGUAAAGAUGACAGCCAGGAAAUGUCCAAUAAGGAAACAAACACUUGCUGCAGGAGUCAGUAGGGAGCAGAGGACCUGCGUGUGUGUAUGUGUGCCUCUGUCUCUCCCAGGAAACCAGUUGUCAUAGAAGUCCCAGUCAGGGAGCAUGUAUGUUUAGCUUGCUGCUAAUAUGAGGGUUUUGUAUUCCUGCUGAUCGUGGCUCAGAUAAGCCCAGAGAUUCACAGGUAUGGCUCUGUGAUCAAGUAACUGUAAAAAUAAGAGUCUAAUUAGCUCUUCAAAACAUAAAGACAAGAUAAGAUAUGAUAUUUUUCUUUUAAAUACUGACAUCAAAUUUGGGCUUAUGGAUCCCUUCAGAAUAUAUCAGUGCGAUCAAAAUCAUGACAUCAUUUUUGUUUCCCUGAGCCAAAAACAGAGGCCUUGUAUGCUGCACAUGUGGCUAUAUUAGUGAUCAGAUAUCCUAGAGUUUAAUACUUUUGAUAUUCUGUCAUAUCAAGGUGGUGCACGAUGCUUGAACAACAUGGCUGUUAUAAAUAACCACAUGAUUGAUUACCUGAAAUCAGUUGUCAUUUGUGCAAAUCAUGUGGCUUUUCAUUGUCUCCUUUAUCUAUGGUUUCAUACUUCAGUGGCAUUUCCAAUGCUGGCAACGAACUAAGAAAAUUCAAUCACUUAAGCGUAUUUUCAGCACUUAGAUUGGCAAUGGCGCCACUGAUAUGGCCCAGAUAAGUCCUCAUUGAAUGUGCUGCAUGUAGACAGAUGUAAAACUUCCAGUGUCAUUAUCUCAGCUGGCACUGUGCUCUAUUUUCCACCUGAAUACCACAGACUAGUUUAGCACUCUGUAAUGAGGCCAUUGUGACGGUCUAACUGAUGUGAUAAUAGAAAACCUGAGAGGGGACUUUUGUCUUGAUAAACUGGAAGUCUCCACCAAGCCUCCACUCUUCUCCCUCUUGACUUCCCAGCAAGACUGACCUUCCUGUUAAACUUAGAAAUGCAGUGUCACCCAUCUGCUCCAUUCAGCACUGUAGCAUGAAAGCGCAUCUUUUUGAGGAGCUACCUGCCACCCAGCUGAAUCAAAUCCAUUUUUCUAUUUUUAUCCUCUAAUCACUCUAAUUUUCUGUAAUCCUCCCCCAGAUAACAUCCUCCGCUUCUUCUCUGAGUGCUCAUUUUGAUUCCUCUCUAGCAGUGUCGUCACAGGACAAGUGUUCAAGGCUUCAUAUCUCUGAUUCCUUCGCUUAUAAUGGCAGUGAUGUAACCUCACUCUGUUGUUCCCUCAUGUCAGGCCCCAUGGAGGAGCUGCACAGCUUGGACCCCAGGAGACAGGAGCUGCUGGAGGCCAGGUUUACUGGAGCUGUCAGUGGAAACACAGUCGGGAGCACUGGGAGCACCAGCGGUGGAGCUAAGGUAACCACAGCACAGGGAAACAAAAGCUUUAUUUACACACGGUGGGCAAUGAUUACAGUUUUAGAAUCUUAACAGUCUAGAAAUCAAUCUGCUUUUCUGCUUCUGCUCAUAAACCACACUACAAGAAAUUAAACACUGAUGGCACUGCCUCAUAUUAUCUUCCUCUGAUCCUUUAUGAACUAUGAGUGAAAAGAAUGUAAACAAAAGCAGAGAGACUAAAAGCUGUUAUUGCUCUCUAUUGAAAAGAUGGAAACACUGACCUUAACAGGACUUCAGUGGGAAGUGUUUCUGGAAGCACAUUUUCUUUCCUGCAGCAAAACCUGGAGUUGAAAUAGUACCAGCAGCAUGCUAGCUGACGUUAGCUUCAAGGGCUAAUACGCUCACUGUUACUUGCAACCAUCAUCAGCUGUUUUUUCUGUUUCUGUUUUCUGACAUCUCAAAAAGUCUGUGAAGUCAUCCAGAUUUUGGAUCCUAGAAAUCAAAAGUAAGGGAUGUCCUAAUGAGGAUUCUAGCUAUCAGAUCAGAGCUGAUCUGGGCAUCUUUUUUUGAUUGGGGAAUGGCAGUUUGAGCUCAUAAUUUCCCCCCAUUCAUCUACGUAAGAUGUCAUUGACUAAGAACAAUUAGCGUUAGCAACCCAGAGGAAUAAAUAUCAGCAGGGUGGAAAUAGUUUGAGUAAAAAGCGAAAGCUCCAACGGGCACUUGCAACAUAUAUAGUACUGUUGUUUUGCAAGUAAAAGUGUGUUCAACACUUUUUAAACCACAAUUCAACAGAAAAGGUGCAUGCACUCAAGCAACAGAGGGAAAAAAAUCCCAAAGCAACAAACUUUGGACUCUAAACAGAAGAAUAAAUAUCCUCAUAAGAGUGAUAAGGCCAGAACGAUUGAGGAGAAUGUGUUGGAGUCAUCACUUUGGGCAAGCAGCCCAUCUCUCUGCUAGAGAAUACAGGUUUUUACUGUCUUACUGUUUUAAAAUAUGCACUGCUGUCUCCACAUCACUCAGUCACCACCUUACAAUUGGUGACGACAUGCAAGGUGAUUUAAGACAUGACGUGACUGCUGGUAAAUUUACAGUAGGCAUUUGGAGCUCUGACGUUUGUCCUUGUCGCUGCUGAGCAUCACUGCACACUUUAUAGACUUGAUCCAUAUACACGCAUUCACGAUAGUUUUGGCAUCUAAAAUAGGCCACUAAAGAGAUGCUGAAUAUGUGGAAUAUUAACAAAUAAAAAGUACUAGUUUUGGACUUGGGUUUGAUAGUCACUCAGUAUAGAAAAAUCUGGAUCGAGCUGACCAGAUCAAAAAUAUGUGUAACUAUCAGGACAGCUCUGAGAAUUCACGACAGGAGACUGUGAGAUUUCCAUAAAAUUCAAGAUUGGAUCUGUGCAGCUCAAACAUGGACUUAUCAUUUGAGCAGUGCAUCAACACUGACAAAGGUCCCAGCAAGACUCCUCCCCAUCAUUGGGAGUGGUGCCUGGUGAAAAAUUGCCUGAUCGUCAUGAAAUUUAAGUCUAGACCUGGACUCAUCCAACACAAACACGGUUAACCCAGGGAUUGGAGUCUUUGUGAGCGAAUAGUUUAUUUGUGAAGUCCUGUUUUUUCAAAGGUAAAGAAUUUCUUAACAUUUUGUUAUAAUGCCAAAGCUACCAAAACCCUGAACUUCCCUGAAGCUGAGUGGUUUACACAAGUUGUAGCAGCCUUUGGGCUUUUUUUUUUGCUCUGUAGCUGAGGUGCUAUCAUGGUGGAGUUAGCACCUCAGCUACAGAGCAGUAAAUAAACACCAGAUCCAAGUUCCCAUGGAGAGAAAACAGGUAAAAGUUUCUGUUUUCCUAAAAAGGUUGAAUGUGUUGGAAAAGGCCCAAAAGACACACCUUUCAAUAACUGAAGAUCUGGAUUCCUCUGGGACGCGUCACACUGGAGGCCUGCCUCGGGCUUUGUUUCACUCUUGUUUACAUUUUAUGACGUUGCUGAACUUGGAUAGCACCACACACCUGCAGAGAAUAUUUUUGUAAUUUGUGUGAGUUUGUACGUUCACUUGUCUAACUGUUCACUCUUUUGAAGGGGCUGGCCAAUGAGUCCUCCAACCACAGCUACGGCAGUCUGGGCUCUUCAAGUGACAAGGAGUCAGAGGUAAAACACUCUUACACUCAGAUGAUCAUUUCUGCAGCACAGAUGACUUUUAUGUUCCCAGAUUGGAGAAAACAAAGUGAACUUAGACAUCAGGCAGAAAUGUAGCCUUGUUAGACACAGCUAUGUGUUGUCAGUACGUCUUUUUCUCCUUGCUCGGCCCACUCGUCUCUCCAUUUCUCCCACUAUCUCCACCUCUCCCUCUUUUUUCUUCCUAGAACUCUGAUUUGAAAAGAGGGAGCUCCCCUGCCUACUCAGUAUGUACUCUUUCUUCCUGCUGAUCCUUCCUGCUGAACAACAACACCAGAACUAGCUUUGUUAGGUAAAACUCAAGGGAUUGAGGCACUUUUUUUCUUUUUUUCUCUUUUUUCACAUCCGCAGACCCCAGAGAAGAAGCACUCAGAAACGUCCAGAGGGAGGAAGAGGAAAGCUGAUACCUAUUCAGAGAGUAGUCAAGGUAUUGGACCAGUACCUGAAUGAAUCUGGUGUAAUGAAGACUUAACUGUUUAUGUGCAUUAACUCUGAUUUUUUUUAUGUACAGGGAAGACAUCUACACGUGGGCCUAAGAUCAGCGACUACUUUGAUGUGAGUGCAACACAAACCUUUCUCUAGGAUCUUUUAUUUUUGCUCAGUUCUUUAGUUUGUUUAUUUAUUUGCUUCUUCUCCAAAGUUUCAGGGUGGAAAUGGUUCCAGUCCAGUCAGAGGCCUCCCGUCAGCUCGCCGCUCUCCACAGAGCUCCCACUCCGCCCCUGGCUUAAUCGUGAGUAUUUCACCAACUGCAAACACGCCUCUACACAAGAGACACACAAAAGUGAAUGUCGGUCUCUUUUGGUAUUUAACACUUUAACAAUAUUUCUUUGUGUGCAGAUCCGGCAGAACAGCUCCUCUCCUACCAGUCUGUGUUUUGGGGAACACAAUCCAAAAGCUUCCUCCAGCAAGUGUGUCCAGGUAACAUGACACACACACACACGAAGUAUUCACUUUUCUUCUUCGUCAGUAACUGCAGGUCUUUUACAGCAAUUCACCUCUGACUAGUUCACCUCUCUCUGGAUCUGUUAGACGGAGUUAACUGGCUUGAAACUGGCAGCCCUGGAGAGCAACAAGAGUCUGGACCUGGAGAAAAAAGAGGGGCGAAUAGAUGAUCUUCUCAGGGUGAGUUCAGCAUCCAUAAACCAAGUUCUUUUUAAGAGGAAAAGGGUUCUCUUCGCAGGUUUCUAUCAAACUGUAAACAAUCCCUUGUGCUCUUCCUGAACAGGCUAACUGUGACCUGCGCAGACAGAUAGAUGAACAGCAGAAACUCCUGGAGAAAUACAAGGAGAGGCUCAAUAAAUGCAUCACCAUGAGCAAGAAACUGCUCAUAGAGAAGGUAACGGAAUUUGCAUCCACACACCCUUCAAGUAUUCACUGUGUUUCUGAUCUGAAGAGCAGCUGCAUGAUGCCAUUGUAGACCAUAUGUGCAAAGAAAACAAACUGACAGAGACUGAGACGUAAAUGAAAUAUAUUAUGGCCAAACUUCUCACGAUAGCUAAUAUUGAGUUAAAGUCUGAUAAAUUUGAAUGUGUAUUUAUCUAACAAAAAAUCUGUAGUUCAUGUGACUUAACUAUAAAUGUCCAGCUGAUGUUAAAAGAUGAGAAGUCACAAGUCAUGGCGUGGAGUUAAAGGCGGACAUGUUUGAGUCACUUAAAGCAGAAUGGAAACAGUUGAAAUAAACGACAGGGACACUAAAAAAUGCAGCACCUACCAGCAGAGUGAAAACAUCUUUAACAAGAAAGGCCACUCAACUUUAGUAGUUUGGAGAUAUUUGGGCUAUUUUAUGUCCAACAAUGAUCUGCACUGCAGACGAAGUCAAAGCCAGGCUAGCUUAAUAAAGUGAUACCACAAACCUUUUCCAUAAAACAAUACUGCUCAUUAGACCAAAACAAACACCAAAACAAAAAAUGACAAUCCAAAAUGAGCAAUGGUGACCCUGAACAAGAACCAGGCAAGCAAGUGCAACAAACGCUCAUAUCAGUGUUUUCCAGCAAAGACUCCAUAUAUGAGCUAAUAAUCUGUCUGCUUUUCUUCACAUUUCACUCAUGAGCAAUUGAUAAGCCGUUUCAUCUGAUAAAAAUAGUAGUUUGACACUUACUAUGAUAACUAUUCAUGUCAACUGAUGUGAGCAUUUUUAUCAAGAUAACAUUUUUGGCCAGUUUGCCCGUCCUUACUUCAUUAGAAUCCCAUUCUUACACCCGAUGUGAGACUGAAGUCUGUUUCAGCUGUUGUAGGUGCCAUUAGUAUGUGUCUCCUUCUAAUACUAAUAAUAAUUAUAAAAAUAAUAAAUUUUAUUUGUAGUGCCCUUUACAUCAAGAGACCUCAAAGGGCCACACGUUAUAAGCAAAGAAAUGUCACAAUAAAGGAAUAUAAAAACAGGUAAUUGGUUAAAAACAAUAGAAACAUCUCAUUAAAAGAGUUCUACCCCCUUCUCAAAGUCAACAUGGUAGCGGCAGAUGACUGUCUAACAUGAGUCUGGUUCUGCUCAAGGUUUCUACCUGUUAAAAAGUUUUUCCUUGUCACAGUAUCCUUCUAUAUACUUUGCUCAUGGUGGAUUUAGAUGAGAUAAGACUGGGUCUGUAUCUUAUUAGAUCUUAUAGUCUCCUCUGACCCGGAGUUGGGUCUUAAUAAGGGUAUGGUCUAGACCUGCUCUUUUUGUAAGGUGUCUGGAGAUAACAUUUGUUGUGACAUAUAUCAAAUAGAUUGUUUUGAUUGAUCAUAUCGUCACCUUCUUAAAAUAAUGGCCUUAGUCACAUUUUGACAAAAAAAAAAAAUUUUCCGUCUAAGUCAGUCCUUUAUGAUGCUGCCCAUCUCUAGUAGAACUGCCUGAAUUCUCAGUUGAUCAGAUCAUGUGAUACUAUCCUUGUUGUAUAAGGACUAUGUAAAAGGUAUGAGUCAGGCCAUUUUCUGAGAGUAUUCAAAAAACUUUGUGAAAAACUUGAUCAUUGACUUAGGCCCUUAUUUUGAGAGGAUGACUAUAUUUUAUUUGCAACAAUUACUUGUAAAGAUUAAAAGUGUUUUUUCACACAUACAUUAGAAAUGGGAUGAAACUGAACCCCAGUGUGAGCCCAGUAUUCUCUGGUGUUAUAGCUCUGCGGUGGUCUAAACCUCCUGAAAGGAAAGUUUAGUCUUUUGGUGGGUAAAUCUUUGAAUCUCCUCCCUGUCCACCUCUUCAAAAUCUGCAGAGUGGUGAUGGGAUUUGCAGCACCAGCAAUCCCUUUGACAUACAUUUAAUUGAGCAAUUAUAAAACACUGGAGAUUUUGCAGGUCUGGUAUCCAUUCUGGUGGUUUAGAUCUGACUCACCUACCACACCUUUGUUCCGGGUGGAGAUGUAACGAAAAGACUACAGGUGUGGGCCUUUUAACCACAAUAUUUAGUUAGUCUGUUCCCUCUUCAGAGUGCUUCACAUGCUCACUGGUGUUCUGUCUUUCGUUUGUCUCAGUUUGGUCUGAAUGUUUUUCGGGAUGUGACAUUACAGCAAACCUUCAUAACAUGUGUAUCUGUCCAACUAAAAACACAGACUUGAUAAAAUCCAGAUUCUGAUCACAUCUAUACAUUUGUGUUUGGAAUUCUCACAAUCUCACUCAACUGUAGUCUGAGUUUAAAGGUUUUCUGUAACCUGAAUAUGAUGCCAAGAUGACCGUUUUAUUACUAUUCAACCAAGCACUUGUUUCAGAAUAGCCUGGUUUUGAAAAACCCGGAUGUUAUGUUACAUGCACGACCAGAAACCCUUGUUUAUCAAAAUUCCAGUCUCAAGAAGGACACCUGAGGGCAUGUAAACUCUAUUUGUUUUUGCCUUGGCUAACGUCUGUGUUUUUGAUCAGAGCACCCAGGAGAAGCAGUCGUGUCGGGAGAAAAGCAUGCAGGACCGUCUCCGUCUCGGUCACUUCACUACUGUCAGACACGGAGCAUCCUACACAGAGCAGUGGACCGACGGAUACGCAUUCCAAAACCUGAUCAAGUGAGAGGCUGCGCACAUGAAACUCUUUCUCCAAUCAAAUACAUUUCACUCUGUUUGCCAUAUUUACUCAGCGUCUCCUUCUCUUCUUUGUGGUCUGUUCUUUACAGGCAACAGGAGGGCAUCAACCAGCAGAGGGAAGACAUUGAGCGACAAAGGAAGCUGCUGGCAAAGAGGAAGCCUCCAAACCCUGCAUCCCCCUCUGUCUCUGUCGCCUCCACCUCUGAGCCCAAGCAGCGCAAAACGAAAGUGGUCAACGGCAAUGACUCGGACCCCUUCCUCAAACCGUCCCUGCCACAGCUGUGCGUACAUCUAGAUAUCAACUGACUGUCACUGAAGAGGAUGCUAGAUCAUGAUUAGAAGCUAAACUCUGUCAAUACAGUUUUACUUAUGAACUCUGAGAGGCGAAACACUCUUUUGAUAGAAGUGUUUUUCUACCAAAUUCAAGCUUGAAAUCUAAACUACACAGAAAUUUUAAUAUAAGUUUGUUCAGUCUGGGGACUCUGAUUUAUUUAUUUAUGUUUAUUUAUUUUCAGACUGACCCUGGCUGAGUAUCACGAGCAGGAGGAAAUCUUCAAGCUUCGCCUUGGACAUCUGAAGAAGGUCAGUCUCAGUUUGGAAUUAGUUCAGGACAUCUACUUUCUUAAUGAUUUUUUUGUACAGUAUGUCUAUAAGACAUUUCGGUAACACUUUACUUGAUGCAUAUCUCUAUAACCCAGUGGUUCUCAAGUCCAGUCCUAGAGCCCCCCCGUCCUGUAUGUUUUGAAUGGUUCCCUGCUCCAACACACCUGAUUCAAAUGAUCAGCUCGUUAUUAAGCUGUGAAAUGGCUUAAUAACGAGCUGAUCAUUUGAAUCAGGUGUGUUGGAGCAGGGAAACAUCCAAAACAUGACUGGACUGGACUUGAGAACCACUGCUAUAACCCAUUAUAAAUAUACUUAUAAUGUUUUAUAACCUCAUUAUAGCACUGUAUAACUAUAGUUAUAAACACUCAUAAAUGAUCAUAAUGCUUUACAGCAAUAAGCACAACACAUUAUAAAGCAUUUUAUCAUGACUAACAAGGUCAGCUAUUAUAAUGUGUUAUAACAGUUAACAAUAGUUGUUUUCCAUUAUGUAUGUAGGCAUUGUCUAUGAGUUGUUAACAGUUCUAACACAUUAUAAUACUUGACCCUGUAAGUCUGUAGUUUUAACUCUGCACUGGUUUUGCUGGUUUUACUGUUUUACUGUCUUAUGUUUUAUUUUCCCUUUUUUUUUUAUGCACUGACUGUAAAGGCACUUUUUAAUUUCAUUGUGCAUGUCACAAUGACAAUAAAAAAUUCUAUCUGUGAUAAAAUGCUUUUUUAUGUGUUAUGAUUAUCGCUACAAAGCAAUAUGAUCAUUUAUGAGUAUUUACAGCUAUAGUUUUACGGUGCUAUAACGGGAUUAUAACGCAUUAUACAUAUAUUUAUAAUCCGUUACACAGAUAGGCGUCAAAUAAAGUGUUACCGACAUUUCCUUUCUAAGGAGAAAGCCAAAGUGUACGGUAUUAAAACUGAAUGUGAAACAAAAACAAUGUUUUUAAUGGUGUUUGGACAUUUUUUUUUAGUAUUGCACUCAUAUCUGCCAUAAAGAGAAGAAAUCCAUCUAAACGUUGUGUUUUUGCAGGAGGAAGCAGAGAUCCAGGCAGAGCUGGAGCGUUUGGAGCGAGUGAGGAAUCUCCACAUCAGAGAGCUGAAGAGGAUAAACAACGAGGACAGCUCAGCGUAAGUACACUCGCAGCCGCAUAAGCUGCAGAGGAUUCAGUCUAAAGACACUUUACGCUCUCUCCUUUCAGUUCAAAUUUUGACAGAAAUAACUCUUCUGGCUCCUUUCGCAGGUUCAAAGACCAUCCCACCCUCAACGAGAGGUACCUGCUGCUGCACUUGCUGGGCAGGGGCGGCUUCAGUGAGGUUUAUAAGGUAAUAUUUAUACCAGAAGAGAAGUUCCACCAUGUUUGCUCCCUAUAAAGUAAGUUUGUAGACUGAUGUGUGUUUUCUUUUUUCACAGGCUUUCGACCUGUUUGAGCAGCGCUAUGCAGCUGUUAAAAUCCACCAGCUCAACAAGAACUGGAGGGAGGAGAAAAAAGAAAACUACCACAAGUAAGUCUCAUACACACACACACAAACACAGAUAUCACACACACCUUAAGAUAUACAAAUACAAAAUGUCUCUCCAGUAACACACACUCAAUGUUGACAUUCAUUUCCUCUUAGGCAUGCAUGCAGGGAGUACCGGAUACACAAGCAGCUGGACCAUCCCAGAAUAGUGAAACUGUAUGACUACUUCUCCCUCGAUACUGACACGUGAGUGACCUCCGACCUCUAUGAGCUGCAGACCUGCUGGGUCAACACAUCUCGAGCUUGUUUAUCACCCAGCGCUACCUGAAAGAGUGUUUGCAUUUUCUUUUUAACAAGACAAAUGUCAGUGAGACUCAAAGCUCAGUUAAGAAAACCACCACAGGCCUAAUAUUCAGACUUACUGCUGAACUAGGUCAAUGAGAGCUACAUGGACAAAGGAGGAGCAGAGAGCAGGUUGUAAAAGAGUCAUAGGAAAGUGUGUGAUUCAGAAACAACACGCCCCGACAAUGGGAGUGAUGUCUAAUGGUUAACUUUUAGCUCUGCACGUGCGGUUCAGUCACACUCACACCAAGAGCAGAAAAAAACUGGCAGCUAUUGUAACUCAUCCAGUCUGAUGGUAUUUGUCCAGAUAAACCACACUUGAAGCAACUUCUUCAACUGAGAUCAUAUUAUAGCGUAAAAGCAAGGACUUACUGAAGAUACUCUCUGCACUGAGCCUGUUGCACAUGCAUAAAAACUAAAGCAGUAGAAUUUCUUCAGCCUGGAGUUUGAAAAUAAGACCAAAAAUAUUGUCACUGAUGUUGUACACUUUCUACAUUGACAUAUGUCAGGAAAUCAUUUGAAGAGUGCUGUUAGGUUGAGCCUGUUUGGCUGUUGAAUGAAAGAAUAUUUGCUACAGACGUUCAUCAUGACAUAAAUUGCACUCUAGUGAAAAUAUCUUGGAGAGUUAAAAUUAAAUGGAGUCAUUUUACAUGAAUAUUAUAUGAUGGACCUCUUCAUCCUCAUCCUCCUCAUCGCUCUUUGAUCCCAGCUUGUUAAUGUUAAAGCUCAUAUACUCUGCCUCUCCCUUCUUUGAUGAUUUUUUUUGUCUGAAUAAGUAGUGUUUAUGUCAUUUUUUGAUCAUUUAUUUAUGGACUUGAAUACAUAAAGGAUCACAUAGGAUCUAGCAAUCAAAAAUGUGAAUGAUGAGUCGAAGCCAACAGAGUUAUUCAAGAGACCUCACCUUUCUCCAAACAAUACAAAUUAACAACAGAAUCUCAAAGACAUGUCAAGCAUGAGAGAGUUACAAUAAACAAAAAGGUAAUCUACUGAAAUAAACAUAACUCGGUGUAAAUCUUUGUAGCAGACAUCAGAAAUGACAAUGUGGAGUUGACCAAUCUUGCCACUUCUCAUAUAGAAGCAUCAGUAUCUCUCCCAGUCUGUCCAUGAACCAGCUGAAAACCCCACAGGCUUUACAUAACUCCAGGUUUCUUCAUUUAUGACUGAGGUCUGCUCUUGUCCAAAACAAACAUCCAGUUAAUAAAACCUGUAGAAAGUACAAAGUGGGGAGGCUUUGGAAAGACAAUAAUACCGACUGGGAUCAGUUGAUAAAUUACCGUUUUGUGAUGAGAGUAAGCGUAAUUCUCGAGCACGUAUGAUCUCGGUUUGGUCUGAUUUCUGUUUGUUUAAUGUGUUUUUCCUCUGUCCUCCACUCAGGUUCUGUACAGUCCUGGAGUUCUGCGAAGGAAACGACCUGGACUUCUACCUGAAACAAAACAAGCUGAUGUCAGAGAAGGAGGCCCGCUCCAUUGUCAUGCAGAUAGUCAGCGCCCUGCGCUACCUCAAUGAGAUCAAACCGCCCAUCAUCCACUACGACCUCAAACCUGGUGCGUCACAUGUUUGGGAAGUUUCAGGAUGGAACAUAAAACUAAAUCACAAAAUAUGCAGGGACUUUUUUAAACAAGUCAAUUUAAGUCUUUGUAGUUAAUUUCAGUUUGUCUACAUUGGAUGGUUUUUGUGUUUGUGCUGGUGCAGUCAGCCUAAUAUUUAAACCCCGCUCGGUCUCACACACACACUGUACUGAGUUCCUCUGUCCGUGUGCCUUGUAGGUAACAUCUUAUUGGUAGACGGCACUGCGUGUGGAGAAAUCAAAAUCACAGACUUUGGCCUGUCCAAGAUCAUGGAUGAUGACAACUACGGCGUGGACGGGAUGGACCUCACAUCACAGGGAGCAGGAACCUACUGGUAAGACACACACAAACAAAGGCAGAUGGGGACUCCUCAUACACACUGACUGUAUAUUUUGUCGUAAACGGCUCUCUGGUUGAUGUAAAGCUUCAACACAAAUCCUCAUCUUGUAUUUGAACAGAUAUGAAGUAUGAUGUUUUGUGUUUCUGUCUUUAUGAGCAGUGAAUUGUGACAGGGAUUUUCCACAUGAAGCCUAUUGAAUGAACAUUUGUUGAAAUAUUUAGAAGCUUUGUUACACUGUGUGUGUGUGUGUGUGUGUGUGUGUAUGUGCGUGUGUGUGUGUGUGUCAGGUACCUCCCUCCAGAGUGUUUUGUGGUGGGGAAGGAGCCACCUAAAAUCUCAAACAAGGUGGACGUCUGGUCAGUGGGAGUGAUCUUCUUCCAGUGCCUCUACGGACGCAAGGUACGCCACCACAUAUCAGUCCAAACCAGUCCACAUGAAUUUCCUGUGUCAAUCACUUUGAUCUGUUUUCAUUUAUAAGGUGCUAAAGACAGACAGCUGUUUGUCUCAGGAUUUUUUGUAGUGAUUUGUGUGUUGUGUUUUUUUUCUAGCCGUUUGGUCACAACCAGUCUCAGCAGGACAUUCUGCAGGAAAACACCAUCCUCAAAGCCACAGAGGUCCAGUUCCCCGCUAAACCACAGGCCAGCACAGAAGCCAAGGUAACGCACACCAGUGUACAAAAACAGAUUAACACAAGCGCCUAUAUCCUGCUGUACACACCAUACUAAACCAUACUACACUGAUUCCUUUAAGAUCACCUUGUCUUUUCUGAUAACCUUGAACCAAAUCACCUGAGAGAGGCUGGACUCUUGUACCCUGAACGCUAAGUGAAACAACUGAAUUAAUCUUAUAGCAGGAAUCAAGGUACUUAAUCACACAGAUUUAAAAAUGCUGUUAGUCUUCAAAUGAAUGGGAAACGUCUUAAUGAGUAAAUGUCAACACUUUACUGUUUAAUAUUCACAUUUAAAAAAAAAACCCUGGGAUGUCCUGACGUGACUGAAUCAAAGUAGUUGACUAGUCCACCGGUCUCUUCAUGAUGUAGUGCACGUCUCUACACAUUCGCUGUUUCUCUCUCAGGCUGUUCCAUAAAAACAAAAGCAGAUAGCCCGACAAAUUUUUAAAAAAGGAAAAAAUUCACGAAGCCGAACAUGAGACCAAAGCAUCCAUGACCAAAUAAUGUCAGAAUUGGUUUGCUGAGGGUGGUUUCUGAUCACAGAGCCAGAACCAGAACCAGCAGCCCUCAGUCCUCGUUGCAGGUUAAAGUCCAUAUGUCAGUGCUGAUUAAACAUUAAUCUACCUGAGUGGUUAAAUGCCAGUCAACAAGACAAAACUUACAGACUGUUUUAUCUCAAUUGUCUGCAUCAAAUACUCUAUAACAGUGCUGCAUUAUGUGAUGCUAGGUGUUGUCUGUGCUUAUUUGUAUCCGAGUAGAAGGGGUGUCCCGAUACAACUUUUUAACUUCCGAUACGAUGCAGAUAUUGUAGCCUCCAGUAUUGGCCGAUCCAGAUAUUGAUCCGAUAUUAGCACAAACUUGUGAAUGACAAGUUUUUCACUCAGCUGCAAUGUUUUUUAGGACUUAAACGAAAAAUACUGCCACACAGCCGUGUUACUUUGUUAGUACCUCAGUACACACUGUUGUUGUGAUCACUUGGGCUCCUCAUGCUGGAUGCGGGUGUUGCUAGAUAGAGGUGCCGGAGCGGAGUCUAGAAUGGACUGCUUGUAUCAGAGUGCUGAUAUCGGAGAUUUCAGACUGAAGGUCCUUACACACCAGGCGAGAAUUCGCCAGGCGAAUUAUUCGCCUUUUUUUAAAACAGCAUAAAGUCAAUGCAAGCUUCCACACCGGCGGCGAUUUUCCCGCGGGGCGAAAAGCCGCUUUUAUUUUUUCGCUCUUGUGUCGAAUUCGCAGGCGAAUAUCUGGACCUGCUAGACCUCUGGCCAAUCAAAAGUCAUGUUGUUGAUGACGUCACAGACCCAUACGGCUGGAGGAGAGGGAGAAGUUUGAGAUUAUGAAAACGCAGAGAAAGACAGCUGAGGUGCAUCCAAAACUGUUUCUAAUUACUAAUGAAGUAGUUUUCUCACAAGAUGACACUCUCUUGUCUUCCUUAGGAGACAGAUGUCAUGCACACUUCACAGGGUGACCGCCUCAUCAUGCCUGAUUCUCCCUCUUAGCUGUUUGACAUACCGAUGAUCUGCAGCUAAAGGGCCAACAGAAUGACCAGACAACUUGAAGGAUCACUGCUCAGCCCUCGCCUCUCCUGGCUGCUGCGGCGUCUCUCACAGCUUUUCCUUUUCUUUCUCCCUCGCUCAUAAUGCUAGACAUGUCAAUCAGCAGCCGUUCACACGACACACACCACCACUGGCACCAAGAGCAACGAUGGGAGAGAGGCUGGUAAUUGCGGUACAGGACCACCCCGCAUCUCCUCUCCUCCAAGCCGCAAAGCGACUUUAUUAAUUCGCUUUGCAAAAUUUAUACGCAUAUUCGCUUCGCGCCCGGUGUGUAUAGGCGAAAGCGAUUUUUCGGACCAGCGAAUAUUUUCGCAUUUUUGUCUCGCUUUUUCGCUUCGCUCCGCAAAUUCGCCGGUGUGUAAGGACCUUUAGGCCGAUAUAAUCCGAUGUUUGUUUUUUGGCUGAUAUCAGACUGAUGUCCAAUUUGAAUAUCGUAUCAGGACACCCCUACUAAGUUGUAGAGCAUUGUAACAGUUUAAAACUUGCUAAUGCUGCUACAGCAGGCUGCGGCAAUACAGCUGAGACCUAAAUAUGACAUUUUGAGCCUUCAGUAACGGAUAUAUGAAUUUGUUUGACCAACUUGUGAUUCUGGUGCUGACGGGUGACCAUUGUUUAAUCAUUCAGUCCAAUAAAUCUGCACAUCCUAAACACUGCUGGCUAUAGAUUUUUCAAGACUUUGUGUAAACAGAACCACGACGAGCCACGUUUUGGUUUUAAGGUCACCUUCAGUCCGACUAUCAAAACAAAAUGUCAGACAGUGAGCAGAUGUGAAUCCUUUCUGUGUACGUCAUUGUUUUGCUCAACCCCGUGAAGGCUCUGGGCCCUGACUGAGUCGAGGCGUCUGUUUGUUUCAACAUUAAAGAUUUAUCAGAGAUUAACUCCAAAGAAAUCAAGUAUUAAUGUUUAUCAGAUCUUCUGAUCUGUAUGACUGUCCAACAACAUGUUGACACAUGCUGGAAUCUCAGCAUCAGCUCUGAUGUGCGCCUAUAAAAAAAGACUUGAGAGCUGCUCUCUGGAGACAAAAGGUGCAGCAUCUCCCCACACAAACCCACUCACAGCCUGCAGCUCAUCCUUUUUUUUCCCUCUGCUCUAUUUUUCAGGCGUUUAUCCGCCGCUGUCUGGCCUACCGCAAGGAGGACCGCUUCGAUGUUCACCAGCUGUGCUCGGACUCGUACCUCCUCCCUCACAUGAGGCGUUCAAACUCCUCAGGCUCCCUGCAGCCAUCCUCCUCCUCUCUCCCCACCUACUGACUGGCUCUCUCACGUGACUGACAGGACCCUCCGGCCAAUCCUGAGGCAGGAUUGCGCAGAUUAUUAUUUUUUUUUUAACCCGAGCUGUUCCAAGACGGAAAAAUAGCAACAGAGGAGAGCGAAAUGGAAAAGAUGGAGAAGGAGGGGGAUGCCUGAGCAGAGCUGUGCCCUCGAACUCAUUUGUGAGAGAACAGACCUUGACAACAGAAGAGAACAGGAAAAAGAGGAAAAAAACAGAGAAAUCGAUGGGAGCUAGUGGAUUUCUAAAUGGACUUGACUUAAUAACCCCGUAGGAGACAUUUCAACAUCUCUAGAAGCUCCUCGUUGCCAUGUCCAAUCCCACCUCCCUUAGCUCUCCACAGUAACACUCCUCACAUGGAUUUCUUCGACAUCCAGCCGCUGUCAUCCAUGUUCUCUGAGCGUGGGGGUGACCAGAAGAGAACCGAUUCAAGGGUCAAGUCUCUUCACGUCAAAUAUGGACUCUUUAUGUUGAAAUCAACUCCUUAGUCUAAUGUUCUGCGGCACAAAAUGAUGAUCACAUGUCAUUGAAUUUAACCCGUAACUUAAAAAAUGAUUUUGUAACUUUGAUGGACUAAAGAAAAAUGUCCCAGAUGAAAGCUCUGGGCUCGAUUUGCACUUCUGGUCCAGAUCGUGGUGAUCAGGCCUCACACAUAUUUGGCAUGAAGUACUUUAGCGUGGGCUCGUUCUGGACUUAAUAAGUAGCCAAGUCCUGGGCUCACUUUUUUUUGUGUCAUUCGAAAGCAGCUUAGAUCUGCUGCUCGGUUUACAGGAAUCUGUGAAUCUGUCUUAAUCCAUCCUUGUUGUUCAGAUUAGAGUCGAAAUGUUUCAAAGAGCAGCGUAUUACAGCACCAUGUUGUCCUAGACGUCCUCAUCGCACUCCCUGCAGAGAGAGUGGGACUGGAUCAGCUGUUACUGUGCUGCAAAGACUCCAAGUUAAGUGUACAUUUCAUGUGCAGGAGACAUUACUCUCUAGCAAACACACAUUGUCAUCAUAAUGAGGCUUCGAUUUGCUUCCCAGAGUCUCACUUUCCUUUUUUGUGUUUCCUCCUCAAAGCUGUUCUCAGUUUGCUGCUAUAAAUGUUGCUUUUAGUUCCUAAUGUGUGGAUGGUUUCCGCCUGGCAUAUGUGCAUACUUGAUCUGUGUUAAGAGGAGCCCCUUCUCUGUUAAGCGGACCCCCUGCUGUGCUGUUCAAGGGAGGGGAUGCGACACAUUCAUGGAUGUCCGUUUGGGUUUUUUUUGUUUAGUUUCAUGUACAAGUCUGACAGACGUUAUAUGGAGGGAAAAAGUCCCAAAAUGCUCUGCAGUGGGGAAUGGCCACACCUGUCCAUGCCAGGUUGUUGCAGCAUGACUCACUGCAGCUCCAGAUCAAUUGGAAAUGUUGUCGUCCUGUAAAUAAAACACUUACCUUUACACUGGUGUGACAUUUUAAACCCUCUUAGACUCAAGCGGGUGCAAGGCGCGGGGUUUAUCUUCUUUUCUCUUUGCACUCCUCUGCUUUUAAAAUAAGUCUUAACGGUUUCUAUGAGGAGGAGAAAAACCCAGGUGUAGCUUUAAGAACAUGACAGGCUGAUUAAACUGCAGCGGGCACCCACUUACAGCUUGCUGCUCUUACAUAAAAGCAAAUAAUGAUGGAAGUGAAACAGGUAAAGUCUGCGUGCACUUUGAUAAAUUGCAGUUUUAUCCACUCGGGUGCACAGAGGUGUAAAACAACCUGUCUCCACUCCUGUCGAGGAUUUCUCUCUCUCUCUCUCUCUUCUCUCAGUAUAAAGUGGGAGCCAGCAUCAAGUGUAUAAAAUCACAUGAUUAUUAAUGUGUAGACAGAUGUAAGUAAAGCCAUUAGUGAGCUAUAUGUCAAAUAACAUUUGCGGUGGGGAGGGAGCAGCACUGGGUUCUGUCGUUCAUAUGCAAUAAAGAUCGCCUUACAAGUCUUCA